CUUUGGGCUUGCAUGGGCAGUAUCAUCCUUCUAACAAGCUUUCUUUUCAGCUUUGCUGCAGAACCCAUGGGCUGCUGCAAGCAAGAGAAAAGCAAAACCUGGACUUUUCCCACCUUGAUCCUCUGCCUUUAUGGAUUCUUCUGCAUGAUGAAACCAUCAGAACCUUUCCUAACACCCUAUCUAACAGGACCAGAUAAAAACUUGACCACAGAUGAGGUUACCAACCAGAUUUUCCCAGUCUGGACAUACUCCUACCUUGCGCUCCUUUUCCCAGUCUUCCUGGUUACAGACUACGUGCGCUACAAGCCCGUCCUCCUCCUCCAGGGCAUCAGCUUCAUCGUCACGUGGCUCUUGCUCCUCUUCGCACACGGAGUGGUGGCCAUGCAGCUGGUGGAAUUCUUCUACGGGAUGGUAACAGCCACCGAGGUCGCCUAUUACGCCUACAUCUACAGCGUCGUCAGCACCGAUCGCUAUCGGAGAGUGACGAGCUAUUGCAGAAGUAUCACCCUUGCUGCAGCCACCGCUGCUGCCGUGCUGGGGCAGCUGCUGGUUUCCUUGGCAGACGUAUCCUACUUCCACCUUAACGCCAUUACCUUGGCCUCUGUCUCCCUGGCAUUCGUGUGCUCCUUUUUCCUCCCGAUGCCUCAGAAGAGCAUGUUCUUCCACAGGAAAGACGUCUCCCAGACUCCCCCAGGAGCAGACCAAGCUGCGGCUGCACCCGACCCCCCCAGGCCGUCGCGCUGCCAGGAGGACAAGAGCUCCGCACCCGCUGCCAGGGGACCGGCACCCGAGCGGCAGGAUGAUACACCCAGCCCCCAGCAGCACGUGCUGCGGGUACUGGUGCAGCUGAGCACCGACCUGAGGGAUUGCUACAGCUCCAGGAAACUGCUGUACUGGUCCCUGUGGUGGGCGCUGGCUACGGCCGGCUUUAACCAGGUGCUCAAUUACAUCCAAGUGCUCUGGGACUUCAGAGCCCCCUCCCACAGCUCUGCGGUGUACAACGGAGCUGUGGAGGCACUGGCAACUUUCCUGAGCUCUGUAACAUCUUUUGUAGUACAAUAUAUGAAAAUUAACUGGGACCUUUUUGGAGAACUGGCGUUAGGGAUCUUCUCUGCCAUAGAUGCUGGUUCUCUUUUUCUCAUGUACUUCACUACCAACAUCUGGGCAUGCUAUGCUGGCUAUCUCGUUUUCAAAGCAUGCUAUAUGUUCCUCAUAACGAUAGCAACCUUCCAGAUUGCAGUCAAUCUGAGCAUGGAACGCUACGCCUUGAUGUUUGGAUUCAACAACUUCGUUGCAAUGGUGAUUCAGACCAUUCUUACGGUUGUCGUUGUGGAUUCGAGAGGCCUAGGACUGGACAUAGUGACUCAGUUUUUAAUUUAUGGCAGCUACUUUGCAGUCAUAGAUGGGAUUUUCUUGAUCAGAAGUAUUUACAUGCUUGUCUCAAGCAAAUGCAAAAGGAAAACAGCAAGAUCCUGCAAAGAGCACCUGAACCAUGCUGCACACGAAUCAACAGAGCAGAUUGUAACUGGCGAUAUGACACGGCUGUAGGAGUCAGGCAGACAGGCUCACACGGCCAGGCACUCGUGGGAGAAGAGCUCCUACGGCAGCAUGCAGGGAACAGCGGUGCAAGAUGAAUGUACAACACAGCUCAGAAAAGCUACGCUGAAUCAUUACAGCACUUCAUUACAACAUAUACCAGCUAAGAGAUCACCAUAAUGGCACUGUACCGAGAAGAAAAGAUAUGUUGCUUCAGAUUAUUUACUUGCCUAUAAAUAGCUUUACAGCAGUAGUUUAUACACAAGAGCAGAGCAACCCCACACCUUGGCAUCCCACCGUGCACAACGGCAAAGAUCAGAGUUCACCUUGCCUUGCUUGUUCUAGCUCUUGUGUACGGUGCUGGCAAGCUGCUGCCAUGCACGUGUGCUCAUGCAUGCGGCUGAAGGGUCUGUCCCCUCCCCCCCACAUACCUUGUUCUGAACCAAGGAAGAAGGGAUUGUGUUUGCAUCAUUAUAUUCUUUCCUACCUAACCACGGGCAAUUCUGUGACAGGCUCUCCCUUCUAAUUUAAAAACCCAUGUCAGAAGCGGGCCUUUUGUACACAACAGUGCAGAACAGCAGGGUUUGUGCAGCCUCCCUGAGAAGGUUCGCUAAAACGCUGCUAAACCACAGUUGUUGCUUGGCCCGCAUGUGAAAGCUGCAACCUAACCACUGUGCUGAGUCCAUAGCAAUCUCAGCUCAGAAGGGAAAAACUGAAGAGUCAAAACCAAAUGAGAGAGUCCCACUCCGUUCUUUGUGCUUCCACUAAAAUUAAAUUCAGGACUGAGUGUCUUCCUGUUUCAACAUGAAAACAAAACAAUAUCAAAGGCGUUGAGUAGUACUAAAACCAGAGAAGUACAUUGUGGUGAAAUCUGGCCAGUUCCACACAGGCAAAUUCCAGGUUAACGUGAAUUUCCAAGAAAAUGUAUAACUGAAAUACAAAGCUAGCAUCAUGCAUGCUUUUGAGUACCAGAUGAAGGAGGUCCACUAAUCCUGGCCAACAAUUUGGCAGGGUCAGCACCUCAGAACUUAUCAAGAAGCUCCAAGUCCUACAGCUAAUUUAGUUCAACACAAAAGACAGUUAAUCCAAGAGAAGAAAAAAAAAAUACUAUAAAUGAGUUUGCAUAGUGAAUGCCUAAUAUAAAUUAUAUCCAUAUGUUAAAGUUCUUUCUGUACUGCUGUUUGUUUCUAGCUUCCAAUAGCUACAUCUAAUAAAAAUAGAAAAUACUUAGCAUCUACAGAAUAAUAUUUUUCCUGUAGACACACAAGCUGUCAUUUGUACAGACACAUGUGCUUUUCAUACAACUGUCACAUACUGCAACUAGACAAACUGCCCAGGGGCAAGAGCAGGUGGGAGAGAAGCAAUUUGUUUCGUUUCAAGUGGCCAGAAGAAUCUGUAGGAUGUGACCAAAUAAACCCAGCUAAUUUUCUAGGCUUUUUUUUUACUGUUGUGCAUCAUGUGGACAUUCUCAGUUUUAAACUGACUCUGAGCAGAACAGUUUAACCAAUGCGGUUGUAAAAGCGGGAGAUGUACUUUGUCCCCAUUUCUUCAGACACGAAUGUCACGCUCUCAGUUCCACAGUAAUUAAACACACUCGCUGCUUAUUGGAGACUAAGUCCAGUAGAGGCAAGGACUGUUUUACUUUUCUUUGUGAGCAGGAAUCCAAUUUUGAGACAUUUUUUUAAAGAACUAGGUGCCAGUCCUGGGUGAGAAGCUAACUAGGAUUUGUGUUUAAAUGAAAAAGAAGAACUUGGUAUUUCCAGUUUCGUGGUCUCAAACUGCCUUUGGUACAGAAAGCUCACAAAUAUUUCUCCCUAUGUAGUAUCUGACAAAAGGAAAGGAAUCAGCAACAUGUGAAACUUUUUGCCGUUAUUAAAAUAAAUAAUGAUAGUAGUAAGCUGCAGGAAAAACUGAUAAAAUAACAGUUAAAAUUCUGUUCUGAGCUGGUCAGAACUCACUGCCUUCCAUGAGGACGGGAUGCCACUAAGGAGCAAAGGAACCAAGCAGGCACCAUGUAUUUGGUUUGCAGCUGUAGAGAAUACCAUCUUCAGAAAACAGAUCAGACAAAAAAAAUAAAUUCUAUUCCUAUUCUCUCGAAUUUCCAAAAGAAAG